AUUUUAAGAUGAACGCCUAAUACUUACGGAACUUGUUUUCACGAAAAUAUACACUUAUUUUUUGUUUAAUUCUUAUGAACGGCUUAUACUUACGGAGCCCGUUGCAAAGUAGUUUGUGUACAACUUUAAGAAAAUAUACUCUUUCUUUCCGGUUUGAUUCUUAUAUUUCGGCUGAUGUAGUGGUUGUUGGAGGGGGUCAUGCCGGCUGUGAAGCGGCAGCCGCGGCUUCUCGAAUGGGGGCUAAAACGCUGCUAGUUACACAUAAAAUCAAAACCAUUGGCAUCAUGUCUUGCAAUCCUUCCUUUGGAGGAGUAGGGAAAGGCCAUUUGGUAAGGGAAAUAGACGCUCUUGAUGGACUGUGCGGAAGGAUUUGUGAUAAAUCGGGAGUUAUGUUCAGACUAUUGAACCUCAGUAAAGGGGAAGCAGUUCAGGGAAUACGCGCACAAAUCGACCGCAGUUUGUACCGUUCAAACAUGCUUUCUGAAUUGCUUUCUUUGCCUAAUCUUACCGUACUUGAAUCUUCCGUGGAAAGUUUUAAAUUUAGUCAGUCUGGGUCUACUCUGGAAGUGUCUGGUGUUAUUUUAGCUGAUAACAAAAUCAUAAGCUCCAAAGCUGUAGUUGUUACGACAGGAACAUUUUUAAAUGGGACGAUAAAUACAGGACUGGAAAUUAAAUUUGCAGGAAGAUUAAAUGAUGAAGUGUCCGUUAGUUUAGCAAAAGCGUUACGAGCCUGUGGUUUCCAAAUGGGGAGACUACGGACCGGCACUCCCCCCCGCUUGAACAAAGAUACUAUUGACUUUAGCGAGCUCACUUCACUUCGUGGUGAUCCAACACCCACGCCUUUUUCUUUUAUGACUGUCGAAAUUCCAAACGCGCACAACCAGCUUCCUUGCUACUUGACUUAUACCAAUCCUUUCGUCCACCAAAUUAUCCGUGACUCGCUUCACCUCAACAUCUAUGUUGCUGAGGAGAUUGUAGGCCCCAGAUACUGCCCUUCCCUUGAAGCAAAAGUUCUUCGCUUCACUCGCGACCGGCAUCAAGUGUGGCUGGAACCAGAAGGUAUUCUUUCAUUACGGAAGCGGUUGCAGUUGCGUGGCUGCCAGAGGACCUUUACAGGCUACGAUACGCACGUCAUCUACCCCUCCGGUUUGUCCAUGACGCUCCCGGAGGAGUAUCAGCAGCGGAUUGUUAAUAGUAUAAAAGGCCUCGAAAAGUGCGAGGUUCUGUGUUAUGGCUAUGGCGUGCAAUACGACUAUGUGGAUCCUCGUGAGCUUAAGCACACCUUGGAAACAAAGCGCAUUGGUGGUCUCUUCCUCGCCGGGCAGAUCAACGGCACGACGGGUUACGAGGAAGCGGCGGCUCAGGGUUUGGUAGCCGGCGUCAAUGCUGCCUGCCGCGUGUUGGAGAGGGCCGAGUUUGUAGUAGACCGGUCGGAAGGUUACAUCGGCGUGUUAAUUGACGAUCUGGUUACUCAGGGGGCCUCCGAGCCGUACAGGAUCUUCACAAGCCGGGCUGAAUACCGGCUCUCUCUCCGCUCGGACAAUGCCGAUCAGCGACUCACGCCAAAAGGAAUCGCUAUUGGGUGCGUCUCGUCCGCGAGGGCUCGGAAGUUCAUGAGUUUCUCCCGCGACUUUGAGUUGUGCAAGCAGAAGCUCAUAAGCACUGUAAAGAACAUGAAGGAGUGGAGGAGUCUCGGCUUCAAAGUGACGGAGUGCGCAAGCGGCCCCAGAAAGAGCGCGUGGGACUUGCUCUCUGCUAACUUCCAUUUGACGGCGCUUCUCGAGAAGUUACCGGAACUCGAAAUGGAGGGUAUUAGUCCAAUGCUGCUACGGACUCUUAACGCGGAAGGUAAGUACGCCCCCUAUCUGGAGGAUCAGAGGGAGACCAUAAAACUUUAUAAAAAGGACGAAAAUCUACUCAUCCCUCCUGAGUUGGACUUCCAUAAAGUGCCCAACUUAAAAAGCGAGGCCAGAAUAAAACUGACUCAAAUAAGGCCCCGGAGCCUCGGUGUGGCUUCGCGAAUACCCGGUGUUACGCAGGCAGAUCUCGCCUCGCUAUUUCGCUACGUUUGCGUGAGCACAACUAAUUAGUAAAAGUUAAAAAAUUAAUAAAU